AAAAAAAAAAACGAAAAAAAACUCCACCUUCUUCUUCUUUCUAGCUUCUCUACAUGAAAAUUUCAUCAAAAUAUAUAAUUUCGAGAUUCUCUCUGCCCGACGAAGAACAAACGGUCGCCGUUGUUGACGAUCCCCAAGCAAACGAGCUAAAACAACCAACAAAUUAAAUUGAUUAAAACCAGUGAAAGAAAGAAAAUCCAACACAAAAAGGAAUACAUUUUUUUUUCCAUUCUUUGUUUAUUAUCUAUAUUCAUUGUAAAAUUGUAAAUUUAAAAUAAAAAUUUUGUUCAAUAAAAAGAAUAAAGCGCACUUGCUAUAGGAAGAAACGAAAAAAAAAGCAAUAAUACACACAACACACGCCUUUGCCCCACGACUCUUCGUUGUCGUCGUUUUUGUGUGUUCUCUGCCAAAUCGAUUUGUCGUGUCUUCUGCAUGUUCUUGGUGGAAGAAAACUUGAUUUUAUUUUUCUGUCGUGUUACCACAGAAAUCGCAAAAUAAAUAAAAUUCAUUUUUAUUACUCGAUCAAGACCUAGAAAAAGAAAAAAAAAUCCCAAAAAAAAAGUGGCUCGAAAAAUGAUGAAAAAUCAUGAUAAUUUAUCGACAUAAGGAAGAUUCUUGCAAUCGUGGAAAAUAAUUUUUUUUUUUAUAAAUUAGGACAAAGUUUGUGUCCCUCCUUCGACUAACAAAACUCUGAAACCACCACAAAAAUCCAAACCACCACAAAGUUUAUAGAAGAGCCUUGAAGAAGGCUUUACCUUUUUUUUUAUUGCAAUAUUGAUUAAAGAUUUGAAAUUAUUUUGUCUUUUUGUGAAUCUCUUUAUUUUAAGUAAGUUUUUUUUUAUUAAAAAGAAGCGACCGUGAAAAAAUGUCGCGAAAUUUAGUUAAUGGCAGUAAUAACAAUUCGGGUCGCAAUAAGGAGAAACGUUUCUCGAUUCAUGAUGCUUUUGAGGAGGAAACGGACGAGGCAAUUCGAGUUUAUGGCUCGACAGUGAUCUCGACCCCGAUGCGGGCUAAAACUCGAUCUAUAGAUGAUGUAACUAUUCGGAUUCAGGAUCCUAAAAAUUACAAAUAUGCCGACGAUACGACAUCCCGAGACAGUGACUCUCUAAUUCAAGAAUACGGCAAUCUCCCAACAGAUGAAACAAACACAUAUUGCUGGCGACAUCCGAAAGUUCGUGAAAAUUGGCGAACAGUUUUAGCAGCCGUCACUCUGCUUAUCGUCGGAACUGGUCUCUUUGUGAUGGGAAUUUUUGCCGUACUUGAUCCAACAAAAACCUCCCAAGGUGUAGUCUUUUUUGUAGCGGGUCUAAUAUGCUUUAUACCGGGAGCAUACCACGUAGUAUACAUUUGGUUAGCGGCAAAAGGCUAUCGAGGGUUUGACUUCUACCACCUACCGUUAUUUACAUAAAAUGAUGUUUCGAAACUUCGCAGCUAGAUGAUGCUGGACCCAUCAUCACAAAACGAAAAUGUUCAUGUUUUUUUUUUUUUCUAAUUUUGAAAACGUUCUCGAAACUAAAAAAAGAAAAACAAUUCAAACUAUUGUCUGAACAGUGAAUGAAGAUUUUAUUAAAAACAAAUCGAAUAUUUUUUUUUAUUUUACACUCAAAAUGUUCCGUCGGUGUUUUUUUUUUUUCAAUGUAAUUAGUGCAUUAUUAUUUUUUUAUUAAUCCCAAAAUUAAAGACUUUUUUUAUUUAUAUAAUUAUAUUAUUGUAUAUGUAUUUAGGAAUGAAUAAGUGAUUGUGAAAAUUAUUGUUAUUAUAAUUUUCGUAAACCUGAUAACUUAACUUGAAAAGACUUAAGUUGAAACUGAUAAGAAAAGAAAUGAAGAAAAAAAUUAAUAAAAAA